AUGAAAAAAGCCACGAAUACUUCUACAGUUGCAACUUCCUCGACAGGCGGAAACGCAAGCAGCAAGCCGAAACCCAGAGGCAAACGGAAUAUCUUCCUUCCCGCAGGCCGCGCGGCUCCGAUAGCAAAAAGUAAUGCCGAAGCGAAAACGAAUUGGAAUGAGGGUUCGGCUUCGGCAGUUUCUGCACCGCAAGGUGAAGGCGCUGGCGAGGUACAAAGCGCACAUCAUUCUAAACAGGCAGCUUUCCCUGAAACUGCUGAGGAAAAAGCAGAACGCAUAGAGCGGGAAGAGGAGGAGCUUGCAAAACGCAAAUUGAAAUACGACUGGAUGGACCUGGACGAUGAUCUAGAGGAUGCGGCUGCGCAAAGUUCGGAUCUGCAUCUUCUAGUAGAGGAUCCAGAGUUGGCGGACGAGAAUCAGAACAUUGCGAUGAACAAAAAGGAGAAGCAAGGUCUUUUACCCAAGGGUGAUGUCAGACGAGAGCAAGAGCCUAAGGGACUCUUUCAAUUCAACGAAAAGACAACACCAAUAAGUACUGGCGCAAAGGCUGAUAUGGUGGUGGAUGACAUGGAAACGGGAGAGGAGCAUGAGGACAUCGAGGGCCAGGCCGCAGCGAAGAAAGCGCGCACACGGGUAAAUCGAAGCGUAAUCCAUGC